AUGGAGACGAUGACUGCCGCCGGAAAUGAACCCGUCAGCCUGUUCAAUUCAAGCCUGGAGUACAUCACGAAGGAGAUCGACGACUUCUACAGCCUCUGCGAGGAAAUGGACGUGCGGCCACUACCACUAGAGGAUAGUUUCAUGGCUUGGACGAGUUCCUCGCAGUCGUGCUCCGAUGAAGCGGUAGCGGUGCCGGUCAUCGAAGAGCCGCAGGAAUUGCUGAAGAAAGUGGUGGCCGGCAGCAGAGCUACUAGGUCCAACUGUGGUGGCGGCGGGGGCACGACGGGAACAGCGCAGGAAAUAAGUGGCAUCAAGAAUCACGUCAUAUCAGAGCGAAAGCGCCGCGAGAAGCUCAACGAGAUGUUCCUCAUCCUCAAGUCGCUGGUUCCGUCCAUUCACAAGGCAAUGAAGAUAUCUGCCAUCAAUUUUUUUUAUCCUUCCGUGAUGAUUUGA